AUGCCAAAUAAUGCAUAUGGCGAACAAGUUAAUGCAUGUCUUGAUGAAGUUGAACCAGCGGCAGUUUCUCAUGAGCACCAGACCAAGCAAACUCCUUCAUUUCAAAGUCAUCCUAGCCCACCUAUUGCGUCACAAACAUACAUGAACAAAGAUUAUCUCCCUAGCAUACAACAAGCAAAUCAUCCUUAUCUUGGUCAGGUUCCCCAGUCGGAACAACAACGCUACUCAGGUGCUGAAUACCACUCACCGGGAAGACAUAACGAGCAAUGUAACAUUAACCAUACUGCUGCGGACAGAUAUCACCCAGUCUAUCAAGCACCACAAGAGAUGCAAUAUAAUUCAUCUUUUACAUACAAUAGCAUUCCGCAACCUCAACCAAGAAGACAGGAGUCUAAACAUGUUCCUGAUAGACAAGUUUUUAUGCAAGGUAAUCCAACUAGCUAUAGCCAUGGGCCUACACCAGUUUCGGUUGGUGAUAACCAAAAUUCCAUGAGUCUUGCUGAUGCUCUGUAUUGCAUGGCAUCUUCAAUUAGACAAGGACCUCAAGAAAUAGAAAAAUUUGAUGGAGAUGCGUUGAGUUAUCACAGGUUUAUUCAAAAUUUUGAUGAUAUGUAUGAUAGUAAAAUUGCAGAUCCUCGUACUAAACUCAACUAUUUGAUUGAUCAAUGUACCGGAAAAGCCAGAAAAGCAAUUGAAUCUUGUAUCAUAGUGAAACCACCUUUGCAAGGCUAUCUUGAUGCACGCUCAAUUCUCAAACAACAAUUCGGACGAGAUUACAAAGUUGUAAACGCAUUUAUGGAUUCACUCAAAAAUGGUCCUAGCAUAAAACCACAAGAUUCUGAAGCAUUAUAUGAUCUUGCCACACAAAUGCGUAAUUGUGGUAUCAUUUUGACGAAUUGGGAACAUAGCUCUAAGCUUGACAGUCAAGAGCUGUUUGACAAAAUCUAUUUACGACUUCCAGUACCAAUGCAAAGAGAGUUCACAAGACAUCAUACAUCUACUUACAAUAGUGACAAAGAACCAACAUAUCAUGAUUUGUAUAAAUUUGUUAAUCAAUCUGCAAUAUUGGCAGAUACUAGGCUGAGCCGUCUCACUGCAGAGCAAAAUUUGAAGAAUAGAAAUGCUAUGCCAAAAAAGAGCUAUAAUUCUACCAAGGUGUCCGCUUAUGUCACCCAAACAUCACAAGUUAAGUCGUCCAAUGUGUUUUCGGAUUGUUUACUUUGUGAUGGACCCCACAGGUUGUGGAAAUGUGAAUCCUUUAUCAAGAAGUCUGUUCCAGACCGUGCAAAGUUUAUCCAGUCAAAAGCUUUAUGUUUCAAUUGUUUUCGUACCAAGCAUGUAGCACGCAACUGUCCCAGUGACAACCGAUGCAAAAUUGAGAACUGCGGAAAAUUGCACCAUUCGCUUCUACACAACCAAGAACGUAUCAGACAGGACAAGCCUUCUGAUAGAAAUGCAGCAAGUGACACUUCAACUCAUGUUGUCAAUGGAAGCACUGAUGCAUCAAUUCUCAAUUCAAGGAAAAGGGUAUAUCUCAUGAUUGUACCAGUUAAUGUAACUUCGUCAGAUGGUUCACACUCUGUGAAAACCACUGCACUUCUUGAUUAUGGCUCAAAUGCAACUCUUUGUAAGCUAAGUCUUAUGAAGAAACUCAAGGUGAAAGGAAAGCAAGAUUCUUUCACUAUUUCCACAGUCAAUGGCCUACAUAAGCAAAACGGCUACAGAUUGCACCUAAAUGUUAAGGGUCUACAGGAAUCUGACGAGUUUAUGUUGGAAGAUGUUCUAGCUGUUGAGUCACUUCCAAUACUUUCAGAUGGACUUCCUACGAAGGCAGAUAUACAAAGUUACCGGCAUCUUAACGGUAUCGAUUUUCCUGAAAUAGGGAAUCAUGAACCAGAAUUAUUGAUUGGUGCUGAUAAUUAUGAAGCUCUAAUAAUUCAAGAUAGAAGACUAGGGAAUAAAGGCCAACCUGCAGCUGUUCAUACCCCACUUGGAUGGACACUCAUAGGCAAAGAUGUUUCAAAGGGGACCAAUGGUAUGUCUAUCAAUUUUGCUAAUGUUGAAAGAGAUGUUCUUUGUGAGCAGUUGCAACGAAUGUUUAAUCGUGACUUCAGUGAAUCUGACUUCACUGAAGAAUUUGCACCAUCGAUCGAAGAUCUGAGAGCUUUGUCAAUCAUGAAAGAUUCAAUAUGUAAGGUCGAUGGUCACUAUCAAAUGAGGUUACCAUGGAAAUGUGAAGAACCACAAUUCCCACAGGAUUAUAAAUUUGCAAAGAAACGACUUGAUUAUUUGAAGAGAAAAUUUCAACGUGAUCCAGAGUAUUUUGAUAAAUAUAAAGAGGAAAAUUCAUGA